GGGAGCCAGGCGCUGCCCGCGACCCUGCGUCCGAGCGAGCGGAACCCUGCGCUUCGCCCGGGGACGGUCCGAAGUCCGCGCUAUGGAAGAGGAGAAAUAUUUGCCUGAGCUGAUGGCAGAGAAAGAUAGCCUGGAUCCAUCUUUUGUGCAUGCAUCGCGCCUUUUGGCGGAAGAAAUUGAAAAAUUUCAAGGUUCUGAUGGAAAAAAGGAAGAUGAAGAAAAGAAGUAUCUUGAUGUCAUCAGCAACAAAAACAUCAAGCUCUCAGAAAGGGUACUGAUUCCUGUCAAACAGUAUCCAAAGUUCAAUUUUGUGGGGAAAUUGCUUGGACCAAGAGGAAACUCCUUGAAGAGGCUACAGGAAGAAACAGGUGCUAAAAUGUCUAUCCUGGGCAAAGGAUCAAUGAGAGAUAAAGCGAAGGAAGAAGAACUAAGGAAGAGUGGGGAAGCCAAAUAUGCCCACUUGAGUGAUGAACUUCAUGUAUUAAUUGAAGUGUUUGCGCCACCUGGGGAAGCUUAUUCACGUAUGAGUCAUGCAUUGGAAGAGAUUAAAAAAUUCUUGGUUCCUGACUACAAUGAUGAAAUUCGUCAGGAACAACUACGUGAAUUGUCUUACUUAAAUGGCUCAGAGGACUCUGGUCGUGGCAGAGGUAUUAGAGGCAGAGGGAUCAGAAUAGCUCCCACAGCUCCUUCAAGGGGCCGUGGGGGUGCCAUUCCUCCUCCCCCGCCACCUGGACGAGGUGUGCUCACCCCUCGAGGGACCACUGUGACCCGUGGAGCUCUUCCAGUGCCCCCUGUAGCAAGAGGUGUCCCUACCCCACGAGCCAGGGGGGCACCAACAGUGCCAGGAUACAGGGCACCCCCUCCUCCAGCCCACGAGACUUAUGAGGAAUAUGGGUAUGACGAUGGCUACGGGGGUGAAUAUGAUGACCAGACAUAUGAGACUUAUGAUAACAGCUAUGCCACCCAAACGCAAAGCGUGCCUGAGUACUAUGACUACGGUCAUGGAGUAAGUGAGGAUGCCUAUGACAGCUACGCACCAGAAGAAUGGGCCACAAGCCGCUCCAGCCUGAAGGCACCGCCGCCAAGGUCAGCCAGAGGGGGAUACAGGGAGCACCCCUAUGGUAGAUAUUGAAGGUCUCCUCACCGUGACCUCACCUCAAAGACAAUUCAUAGCCUGUGGUCUCCAC